UCUUCUGGUGCCAUACUGUCCUGAGUGCUGUUGGCUGGAGCUGCCUCUGGCACGAAGUCUUGGUCGUCAAAUCCGGGCAUGAUUGCGGUAUUGAUAAAGGUUGUGAGUGAAUGUGUUCUAGAUUGAAGAUAUGUAAAGGCUCAGGCUCAGGCUCAAGCGCUGUAGUCGAUGAAGAUGGUAUAAGAAGAGGGCGGUGGUUCGAUGGGAAAAGAUACAGGAAGAAAAAGCAGUGGUCCUCGUCCAGGGUGCCUUCUGAUUAUAUUCCAACUACGAUCCGAGAUGAGCAGCCGCAAGAGCUCUUGCAGUCCGUAGUAGCACCUUCCUUACCUCUCCUACCGUAUCUCCCUCAUUCUCGUGCUUUGCGGGCUUUUCGCCGCUUCGUCUCAACACCUUCCCUGUAUGGUCUCUACGUCGUGUGCGGAUCAAAUGACUCCAUCAUCCGAUGUCAUAGUUCUCCAUGGCCCACGGUAUUCUCGUGCCCGUAAGAAUACGAUAUGCGGCCAUGCGAAUCAUCAGCUCCUAAUUAUUGUGGAACACGGCCAGCAGUCCAGCCACUUGCAGCCAUAGCUCUCGAGCCUCCCUGCAAUUGCUGCAGAAACAAUCGCCAUGCGUCGUCAGGAGGACCAAUGAACGGCGCGGACGCGGCUGUCAUAUGCCAGUGGGCGCGACUGCAAGUGGAACUUGGGAAGUCGUUGAAAACAAGCCUUCAGCUCAAGCGUAAUCAACGUGUUGCAGGGUGCUGGUAGUGCAGAUGCG